AGCAUUGAACCCAACUCCUAUGUUUGUCCUCCACAUGAUAAACUCGUCACUAUACUGCUGCUAAAAUAAACAGUACAAAUUCUCUUCCAUUGAAUGAUCUGUCAUCCGUUUCUAUUUGCUACAAUGAAAAACAGCUUCAAAACCAUGCCUUGGACCCGUUCUCUAUGGCAUUUACGAUCAACUCAAAUAUACUCAGUUCAUCAUUCACAAAAAAUUUGUAACUUUUCCCGUGGUCCUGAUCCGGGAUCAUGGGAAUCAAUGGAGGAUCUACUUCGUUGCUCUGCAAAUUUUGUUCCUUUGUCUCCUAUCAGUUUUCUAGAGAGAGCAGCAAAGGUUUGCAGUGACAGAACCUCGCUUGUGUAUGGUUCUCUGAAGUAUAGUUGGACUGAAACCCAUCAACGGUGUCUGAAACUUGCUUCUUCUUUGACCCAGUUGGGAAUUUCCCGCGGGGAUGUGGUUGCCACCCUAUCACCUAAUGUCCCUGCAAUGUAUGAGCUGCAUUUUGCAGUCCCAAUGGCUGGGGCCGUUCUUUGUACACUUAAUUCACGCCUAGAUGAAGCUAUGGUUUCUGUCCUACUGGAGCAUUCACAAGCAAAAGUCCUCUUUGUAGACUACCAACUACUUGAAAUUGCCCGGGGAGCGCUGAAUCAGCUAGCAAAAAAAACAAAGGAAUUGCCAAUUUUAGUUGUGGUUACUGAUUCUGAUUGCCCAUCUACCAUUGACAUUGCUUCAAUUAGUUAUGAGUAUGAGAAGCUACUGGCUGUUGGGCAUAAAGAUUUUGACAUAGUGAGACCCCAUAGUGAAUGGGAUCCUAUAAGUAUAAAUUACACUUCAGGCACCACAUCUAGGCCUAAAGGAGUUGUCUACAGUCACAGGGGUGCUUAUCUGAAUUCUCUAGCAACAGUUCUACUUUUUCGAAUGGACCUUUUCCCUGUCUAUCUAUGGAAUGUUCCAUUGUUCCAUUGCAACGGGUGGUGCCUCCCUUGGGGAGUGGCAGCUCAAUUUGGGGUCAAUGUUUGUCUCAGGAAGGUCUCUCCAAAGAACAUAUUUGACAAUAUAACUCAGCAUAAGGUGACACACAUGGGAGGAGCACCUACUGUGCUGAACAUGAUUGUGAACUCUAAAUUGACUGAUAGAAAGCCACUCAAUCACAAGGUGGUAGUGAUGACAGGAGGUUCUCCUCCACCACCACAGAUUCUUGCCAAGAUGGAGGAAAUUGGCUUUAGCAUUUCUCACCUGUAUGGCCUCACAGAAACAUAUGGUCCUGGUACUUUUUGUGCAUGGAGACCUGAGUGGGACUUGUUGCCUCAGGAAGAAAGAUCAAAGAUGAAAGCCAGGCAAGGGGUGCCCCAUGUGGGAUUGGAGGAAAUUGAUGUGAAAGAUCCUGUCACAAUGGAAAGUGUUCCAUCUGAUGGCAACACUAUUGGUGAGGUAAUGUUUAGAGGGAAUACAGUGAUGAGUGGAUAUUUAAGAGAUUUGAAAGCAACGGAAGAAGCUUUCAAAGAUGGGUGGUUUCAUAGUGGAGAUUUAGCUGUGAAACACACUGAUGGUUACAUAGAAAUCAAGGACAGAUUGAAGGACAUAAUAGUCUCUGGAGGAGAGAAUAUCAGCUCAGUUGAGGUGGAAACAGUUUUGUAUAACCAUCCAGCAGUUCUUGAAGCCGCGAUUGUUGCCAGGCCUGAUGAUCAUUGGGGACAAACUCCUUGUGCCUUUGUGAAGUUGAAAGAAGGGUUUGAUGCUGAUGCUCAAGAAAUAAUCAAUUUCUGCAGGGACCAUAUGCCCCAUUACAUGGCUCCUAAGACAGUCAUUUUUCAAGAUAUGCCAAAAACUUCAACCGGGAAGAUACAGAAGUAUGUUCUGAGGGAGAAAGCCAAGGCCUUGGGCAGCAUCGCUGAAGCCAAGGGUGUAAUAAAUUGUGGCUGAUUGCUCAAAGUUAGUGAAAAGAAGAAUAUAUAGGAAAGAGGUUGUACAAGAUUUUCUUCCACUUUUAUUAAAAUGAAUAUAACAGAGUGAUGAAUGAAAUUUUCACAUGAAUUCCAAUUUAUGCCACCAACGCUAUGAACAAACCAAAAAUUUGUUUUUACAUCAUGUCAAGAAACAUGGCUCAGAGAAAAUAACAGAACUAAAAUGGAAGAAAAGUAAACUUGUAUUAAUAUAAAUGAAUGAAAAGGUAGGAAU